AUGGAAGACUCAAUAUCCCGGCAAUAUUCAAGCCCAACCCGGCACUCCGACUCUCCAAUUUCCAGUGCGGGGAGCCCCCAUGCCCAUAGUAGGUCCAAGGGCAGUCAUGAGGCCCCCUUUGUGCAGCCAUCCUCCUAUCUACGACCCCAAGGAUACUCGCGACCAACGACCCCCACACAGCAGGAAAGGGUGGUUGAUGACGAUGAACGACAGGCAUUGCGUGCCAUUCGAAAUUUCUUAAAAGUCCGCACAAGUUAUGACGUGCUGCCGCUCAGUUUCCGACUUAUCGUAUUCGACACCUCGUUAUCAGUCAAAGAGAGUUUGAAUAUUCUCAUUCAAAAUGGAAUUGUGUCUGCUCCCCUUUGGGAUUCUACAACUUCAAAGUUCGCCGGCAUCCUAACAACAUCCGACUAUAUUAAUGUGAUUCAAUAUUACUUCCAACAUCAGGAGGCUUUGGCAAAAAUAGAUCAGUUUCGGUUAAACAGUCUCCGAGAAGUUGAACGGGCUCUUGGUGUAGCGCCUCCAGAAACCAUAUCGAUUGGCCCGGAACGCCCGUUAUACGAAGCCUGUCGUAGCAUGUUAUCAUCCAGAGCGCGCCGUGUACCCCUCGUUUCAUACGACAGUCAAACCGAAAGGCCGUUGGUGGUCAGCGUACUUACUCAGUAUCGCCUUCUCAAGUUUGUUGCUGUGAAUGUAGCAGAAACCCAAAAGUUACGGAAACCACUAAAGGAAAUUAAUCUUGGAACUUAUACCGACAUAGUAACAGCUUCUAUGGAUACUCCUGUGAUUGACGUCAUACAUAAGCUGGUUGAAAGGAGCAUAUCUAGUGUACCAAUUAUUAACAGUGAAGGUGUUGUAUACAACGUAUUCGAAGCCGUUGAUGUGAUUACAUUAAUAAAGGGAGGGGUAUAUGACGACCUCAAUCUAGAGGUAGGGCAGGUUCUGAAAAAGCGCUCCCCCGAUUUCCCUGGGAUUUAUACUUGUUCGAUCGAAGAUGGGCUGGAUACCAUUCUCGACACCAUCCGGAGAUCUAGGGUGCAUCGCCUAGUAGUUGUCGAUGACCAAUUCCGUCUCCGAGGAGUCCUUGCUUUAAGCGAUAUCCUUCAUUACCUACUGCUAGAAGGUGAACAGGACGAGCCAUAA